AUGUCGCCUCGGGAUCGCCCGAAACCCCAGAUCACCUGGUGGAUGCGGCUUCGGAGAUUCUUCUGCAAUCUCGAGUCACCUCUCCAGCUUCGCGGUACCCUCACGCGUCUCAGUCACCGGCACAAACGCCCUUUCCUAGCCUUGCUCCGUCUGCUCCUUCCCCUGCCGACAUGGCAUUUCCGUCUCCCCGAGCCGGUCCCGGUCAAGACCAUGCUGAACAAUGUCGCGCUCCUCCAGUCCCGGAAAGCGGCCGCCGACCUCACAAAUAUGCGCUCCGUGCCGUUGUGGCGUGCUCGAGAUACUCCCCUGCGCGCUCUAUAUCGUAUAUAUGAGGCUGUGGCUGCGCGUGAGUUCUAUGCAAUCGGGUCGGAAGUCGAGUACUUCUGGUACCAGUCGCGUGGGGCUUGGGCAGCGCAUCGGAUACCAGACCCUCGUGACGAGGACCCGGUGCGGUACGCCAUUCUGGCGUGUAUCGCUGAGGAACUGGCACAAGCGUUCAACUGGCGCAUGAGCUUGGGCAUGCGACGCGAUAAAAGCAAGCACAUAUACCGGAAGACAUUCGAGGACCCUCUGCCGUCUUUCACGCCGGAGACUGCUCCUAGCUGGACCAGGAGGGUGGCUCCGAUCGAUGUGGAGAUGAUUGCCGAUCUGCCAGCAGAUUUCCUAGACUCUGCAGGCAGACUCGUGCUCGAAGAAGGGGGCGAGAGUCCUAUAUUCGCGCAGAGGAACAUUAUCAUCGAUACCGGCCACUUCUACACAGUCUAG